AUGGCUCUCCAACGCAGCCCGCAGCACACCUACCACAGCAGCCCCUACGUCUUACGGGACAUCAAGAUUCAAGCCAUCGACCGCUUCGGCAAACGAAUCGGCUUCAUGAAGAUCGUCGCGAACAUUACCAACUCCUCCGGCGAGUCCCUUCCUGGCGCCAUCUUCCUCCGUGGCGCUUCUGUCGGUAUGAUGGUCCUGCUCCAGCCUGAUGACCUGCCUGCAGAUAGCCAGGCGGAGAAACACGUGAUCCUCACUGUGCAAAGCCGUAUUGCGACGGGGGGGCUGCAAUUCGUGGAGUUACCCGCUGGCAUGGUAGAUAAUGGUACCUUCACAGGGGCUGCGGCGAAAGAGAUAAAAGAGGAAAUCGGCUUGGAGAUCCCGGAGGGGGAGUUGAUCAACAUGAGUGAGUUGACCAUUACGGAGGACAAGCAUGGAGAGGAAAGCUGCCCGAGAGCGGUGUUUCCGAGUGCUGGGGGCUGUGAUGAGUAUAUCCCGAUUUUUUUGCAUGAGAAGAGGGUUCCACGGGGGCAGUUGAAGGAGUGGUCGGGGAAGUUGACGGGCUUGAGGAGCGAAGGCGAGAAGGCAUGCAUAACACUCAAGCUCGUCAAGCUGGAAGACUUGUGGUGCGAGGCUGCUAGAGAUGCGAAGGCUUUGGCUGCAUGGGCAAUGUUUGAAGGUCUUAAGCGGAGUGGAAAGUUGUGA